GAACAAGACACUAUCUCAUUUGGUUGAGAACAAAAAGAAGAUGCACCUGGACUUUCCCCGGACCUCUCUGCGUUUUUAAAGCGUCGGGUGGAGUUGGGGUUCGUAAGCCGCGUUGCUUAUUGAAAGCAGAAGUCACUUCUGCAUUCCUCAGUGGAAAACUUGUACCUUCCAUAAGUGUUUACUACAGAAGGCACCUGUGGUGGUUCUUUAAGCUACCAAAAAUUGCCCAAGCUUGUGUGACAUCAACCCUGUCAAGUGUCCAUGAUGCUGGGCCCUGAGGGAGGUGAAGGCUAGGUGGUCAAACUCCUUGGCCUACCCUGGUCCUGCUCAAUUGAGGACGUACAAAACUUCCUCUCCGACUGCACAAUUCAUGAUGGGGUUGCAGGUGUUCAUUUCAGUUAUACUAGAGAAGGCAGGCAGAGUGGUGAGGCUUUUGUUGAACUUGAGUCAGAAGAUGAUGUAAAAUUGGCUCUGAAAAAAGACAGGGAAAGCAUGGGACACCGAUAUAUUGAGGUGUUCAAGUCACACAGAACCGAGAUGGAUUGGGUGUUGAAGCACAGUGGUCCAGACAGCGCCGACAGUGCCAAUGAUGGCUUUGUGAGGCUUCGGGGACUCCCGUUUGGAUGCACAAAGGAAGAAAUUGUUCAGUUCUUCUCAGGGUUGGAAAUCGUGCCAAACGGGAUCACAUUACCUGUGGACCCGGAGGGCAAGAUUACAGGGGAGGCCUUCGUUCAGUUUGCAUCACAAGAGUUAGCUGAGAAAGCUCUAGGGAAGCACAAGGAGAGAAUAGGGCACAGGUACAUCGAGGUGUUCAAGAGCAGUCAGGAGGAAGUUAGGUCAUACUCAGAUCCACCUCUGAAGUUCAUGUCUGUGCAGAGGCCUGGGCCCUAUGACCGGCCUGGCACAGCCCAGAGAUACAUUGGCAUUGUAAAACAGGCAGGCUUGGAUAGGAUGAGGUCUGGUGCCUAUAGUGCAGACUAUGGGGGCUAUGAAGAAUACAGUGGCCUCAGUGAUGGCUAUGGCUUCACCACUGACCUGUUUGGGAGAGACCUCAGCUACUGUCUCUCAGGAAUGUAUGACCACAGAUACGGAGACAGCGAGUUCACAGUGCAGAGCACCACCGGCCACUGUGUCCACAUGAGAGGGCUGCCCUACAAAGCAACGGAGAACGACAUUUACAACUUCUUCUCUCCACUCAACCCUGUAAGAGUUCAUAUUGAGAUUGGUCCUGAUGGAAGAAUGACGGGAGAAGCUGAUGUUAAGUUUGCCACCCAUGAAGAAGCAGUGGCAGCUAUGUCGAAGGACAGGGCCAACAUGCAGCACAGAUACAUAGAACUCUUCUUGAAUUCAACAACAGGGGCUAGCAACGGGGCUUAUAGCAGCCAGGUGAUGCAGGGCAUGGGAGUGUCAGCUGCCCAGGCCACUUAUGGUGGCCUGGAGAGCCAGUCAGUGAGUGGCUGUUACGGGGCCGGCUACAGCGGUCAGAACAGCAUGGGUGGAUAUGAUUAGUGUUGUAGAAGCAUUUUGAGUUAUUUCAAUCA